AUGGCAGCCAUCAUGAACGGCGGCAAGCAGCCGGCCUCCAUGCCGCUGCCGCCGCACCUGGGAUCGGCGGCGGCCGGCUCCUGCUUCUCGGGACGAUACUCGCCCACGUACCGAGCCGCGCCCCCGGACCCCAUGCGAGCCAGGCACUGCGCCAUGGCCGCCAACGCCGCCGCGGCACCCGGUCAGAAGUCCAAUGGCGAGUUUAUGGUUAAAACCGAAGCAGACUCAUGGACCUCUAGGAAACUUCAGCUAAUGGACGAUGCCAUGCCGGAAUCGGAAGCCCACAAUCGACGGUGGCGCUGCCUGGCGGCAGCGCCACGGUUUCACUACGCGGAUAUGUCCUCAGGACCCGAAGACCCGGACAACCGGUAUCGUAUGCAGAAUCUGGUAAGAAAUGAACCAUUACAGGGCAACUUCUUUCCCGGCCUCGAAGAAGCCGGCCUGAUGGGCCGUGCCGAGGCGCUGGUGGACAUUAGCAAGCAUUCUCCUCCAACGGGUGCCGCGGCUGGGCUUCCCAUCCGGCAUGACAUGAUGUACCACGCGAUGGGGCCUCCCGGAGGACCAGGGGCGCCCGGCGCACCUCCCACGUCGCGACCGGGUCCGCCCCAUCACCAGAUGGGACACCACCCUUCCACAAUGGACGGUAUGGAUCUUCUCGACCCGCUGUGCCCGUCGUCGCUGCCUGGCCCGCUGGGCGCCAUGCAGGGCCCUCCGUCCGCGGACGCCGUGGGCCACCAGCUGCCGCCCCUGUACGGCAUGCACGCCGGCGGGUUCCCCGGCUCGGCCGUGCACGACGCCGACUCGGACCCGCGCGAGCUGGAGGCGUUCGCCGAGCGCUUCAAGCAGCGGCGCAUCAAGCUGGGCGUCACGCAGGCCGACGUGGGCCGCGCCCUCGCAAACCUCAAGCUGCCCGGCGUGGGCUCGCUCUCGCAGAGCACCAUCUGCCGAUUCGAGUCGCUCACGCUGUCCCACAACAACAUGGUGGCCCUCAAGCCCAUCCUGGGCGCCUGGCUCGAGGCGGCCGAGGCGCAGGCCAAGAACAAGCGCACCGACCCGGACCUGCCGGGCGUGCUGCCGGCGGGCGAAAAGAAGCGCAAGCGCACCUCGAUCGCGGCGCCCGAGAAGCGCUCGCUCGAGGCCUACUUCGCCGUGCAACCGCGGCCGUCGGGAGAGAAGAUCGCCGCCAUCGCUGAGAAGCUGGACCUGAAGAAGAACGUGGUGCGCGUCUGGUUCUGCAACCAGCGCCAGAAGCAGAAGCGGAUGAAGUACUCGGCGGUGCAGCACUAG